AUGGGGAAAAACCAAGCCUACAAGGCGAUGCAGAGAGCGCGGCUCGGCUCGAGCUCAGCCGCGCCGGAAGAGGUUGAGGAUGGCAUGCCUACUUGCAGUGCCUCAAGCCAUGGUGGAGCUUCCCUAAAUUUUCUGCGAGUGGCAAAUUGUGAUAAGGAAAGAGAAGGUUCAGAGUGUGCUAGUUUAAGCAUUAAGAGGAUCUUUUUGAAUUAUUUAGAAUGGCAUGCUGCUCGCUUGGCAAGCCUCAAAACUUCUCAUACAGUCACAUGGGAGGAGUUCAAGAAGAAGCAAAAGCUCAAUACCAUUGGUACAGGAGUUCUGGAGGCAUCUGGAGAGCUUCUUCUCGCGGGAUGGGUGGAACUAUGGGAGUCGAGAGAUGAUUUUAGGUUGGUAGCAGUGGUCGGAUAUAAGGACAAAGAUGCAAAGAAACAUAGUAGCAAGAAGCGAAAGGUGCGUGAGAUAAUCGAUUUGGACAUGAGCAUGUCCAGUGUUCUAACUGUUGGUAUGAGUAGUUCCAGUUUUGAUGAAAAGCUUCGAACUAUGCGUUCAAGGCGAUCAUCAGAUGCUAGUUCAAGCUCGUCGUCAGAAACAUCGAGCAGUGAUACCGAUGAUGAAAGAGAGUCAAAACGGUCAAAAUCAAGGUCAAAGAGAAGCAAGAAAGGGAAGAAGCACCGCUCGAGAUCAAAGCACUUGAACAGUGAAGAUGAAGAGGCGGAUGGACCUUUACCGCUUUCUAGAUUCUUUGGGAGCAUAAAAAGAUGA